CCGGAGCCGCGGGGGCGGGCGCGGAGCUACGGCUAGCGCCUGGCUCGGGCCAGGAGCGGCUCCCUCCCGCCGGGAAGCCGGAGGGCUCGGCGGGGCCCUUCCAGCCGCUGGCAGCGGGAGAGCGGGGAGUGCGCGGAGCGGGGCGCCCGGCCCGCCCCGCCGACCCGCUCCUCCAUGCGGGCGGCGAGCGGGGCUGGGGCGCGGGGCGCCGGGGGCAGCGCGCAGCGGUGCUGAGGCCGCGACCGGGAGAGACGAUGGCCAAAUGGCUGAACAAGUACUUCAGCCUGGGCAAUAGCAAGACCAAGAGCCCUCCGCAGCCCCCGCGGCCCGACUACCGGGAGAAGCGCAACGGUGCCGGCAGCGCGCCCCGCCCCGAGGGGCCGCCGCACCUCCACGUCCACCACCACCACACCUCGCCCGGCUUUUCGCGCCGCCGUCUGCGCGACGACACCAGCGACCUGCUCCGCGCCUACCGCGCCCAGAAGGACCGCGACUUCGAGGACCCCUACAGCGGGCCCGGCUCGUCCCUGCGCAAGCUGCGCGCCAUGUGCCGCCCGGACUACUCGGCGCCCGAGGACCUGGGCGAGGCAGCCCUCAAGGCUUCCUCCUCCUCCUCCUCUUCGUCGUGCUGCGCCACGCCUCCCACCACCGGCUCCCCGCACCUCUUCCGCAGCCACAGCGAGCGCCGCCCGGCGACGCCACCCGACGUGAAGUACAUCUCCCCCAAGCACCGGCUGAUCAAGGUGGAGGGCGGCGGUGGAGGCAGCGACGGCGCGGGCAAGAAGCUCAGCAAGGGCUCCAAGCAGCCGACGGUUGCUGCCCCCUCUGCCAUGAAAGAUAAAGUACUGAUAGCUGAUGACUACUCAGAUCCAUUUGAUGCCAAAAGUGAGUUGAACAGAAUGGGAAAAGGGGAGAACACCGGCUAUAUGGAACCAUACGAAGCCCAGAGAAUAAUGGCUGAGUUUCAACAGCAGGAAGACAUGAAGUCCCAUCAGAAAAACAUGCAGCUCUAUGACACACCCUAUGAACCAGAAGGCAGUGGUGUAGAAUCCGAUUCUGAAAGUGUGGUGAGUCGCCGUUUACGAGAAAGCAAAUUGCCACAGGAUGAUGACAGGCCUGCAGAUGAGUAUGAUCAGCCGUGGGAGUGGAACAAAGUCAGCUUCCCAGCUUUGGCAGCCCAGUUUAAUGGAAGUGGGAAACGGCAAGCAUCUCCUUCUCCCUCAAAUGACCAGCACAGGCAAUUAAGAGCACCUGGAGGAGGCUUUAAACCUAUCAAACAUGGCAGUCCAGAAUUUUGUGGGAUCCUGGGAGAGAGAAUAGAUCCAACUAUUCAACUGGAAAAGCAGAUAUGGUAUCAUGGAGCAAUCAGUCGGACAGAUGCAGAAAACCUGUUGCGUUUAUGUAAGGAGUGUAGCUACCUUGUAAGAAACAGUCAAACAAGCAAGCAUGACUAUUCACUUUCACUGAAGAGCAGUCAAGGUUUUAUGCAUAUGAAGCUGACGAAAACCAAAGAGAAAUACAUCCUGGGUCAGAACAGCCCUCCCUUCGACAGUGUUCCUGAAGUCAUCCACUACUACACUACAAAAAAGCUGCCUAUCAAAGGAGCAGAACACUUGUCCUUGCUCUACCCUGUGGCUGUACGGACUCUCUGAUAACCUAGUCUCACCCCUUCCUGUGGAUGGGAGGUGAGAGAUAAGCUGGGUUGCGCAGAAUUCAUUGCCAGAAUUCAGAGCCUGCAUCUAUGAUGGAGAGAGGCAGGUUUAGUCUUAUGAAUGUGGGCUCUCUGCAGAGUUGUUAGUGGGACAGUGUGAUACUCCUCUUGUGCUGCAUCAUGCCUCUAGGUUUGUGUUGCUGCCUAAGAGAAAGAACACUUAUUUUAAUGCAAGGAGAGCAGAUAGCCUUCCCAGACCUUCUAUGUGAAUGAAAGUGCUUCCCAACAAAAGUUCUUCCUUCGUGUUUUGAGAAGAAUCAACAAGUUCUUCUCAGCAGUAAAAAACCAACAACUUGUAUUCUCUUGCUACCCUAAGAAACUUCUCCAUGAGAAAGAGUAACCUUACUCUGAGGGACCCUAGGGUGUUCUUGAUGGACCUGAGAAGGAGCUGCUUAGCAAGCAGGUCUCUGGCUCUGGUCACAUAGUUUGAUGGGUUUGGGAUUUUUUUAAUGCCGUUUCUUGGGGUAGUCAAAUAUUGAACUUCUAUUAGACACACAAUCUUAAAAUAGUUUUGUGAGAGCAAAUCAUGGUCAAUUACUUAUGAAUAGGGGAUGUAAUUAAACAGUAGUUUGUUAUAUAUUUUUAUCCUUUUUGGUACAAUAAUCUCUUAAUGUUUACUGUCUUCAUUUGCAAGUUUCAUUUGUAGGUACAGGCAGCUAAUUCUGUUUGGGGCAGUUACAUCAUAAUGUUUUAAGUAGUUAGGAUAAGUAAUUUUGAUAUGUGGGUUCGUAUUUAUGCAUGAGGGUGGUCAAAGGCUUUUAUAAAGCUUUAGUAGGCAAAAUCUUCACUUGCUCAUUCGUCUGGAUCAAACAGCUGUCCUACUGAUGCAGCAGGCUAACAUGUAUCACAUUGGCUUUCCACAAGACGGCUUUUGCAGCUGUGAGAAUUGCAGUAUGUAGCAGAGCAGAAUUUUGUUUUUCUGGUCUACCAAGGCAUUUGUAAGCCAUAGCCUCAUUGGCACAUACCUUCUGGCCAGUGCUCUUUUUCACCAUGAGCAGAAGCCUGCUUCCUGCUGUGUUUAAGUCACUGUCAGCCAGCCAGAAGCACUUUGGAAGCUGCUCUGUGUCUUAGUCCUACCAACGCAGUGCCCAUCUACUUGGGAUAUAUUUUCUACAUGCUCUGUGUGCUCAUUCAGUGAGAUAAGUGAAAAAUUAUAAUUGUACACAAGAACUGGGGAAUCUAUAGCCUUAUAGUCCUCAUGUUGUGCCAUCUCCCACAUACAUCUAGAAUAUUGUGCAUUAACCCAUCAGCUGGUAUAGUAGCAAACUGGUUAUAUGCAGGUUAUGUAUUUUACAGACAGCAAUAGGACUGUGAAAUUGUGUGCUAUUUAAUUCAGCUUUCUUAGCUACUACUAUUUUUAUGUAUGCUUAGAAAGAAGUGCAAAUCUGAAAAUUGUGAUGGAGUAACCACUUAUUGCCUGUAAAAAUAGUUCUUUAUGGUAUUGUUUAAUCUGUUAAGAACCUCAAGGAUGA